AUGUCUUGGCAAGCCUAUACUGACAAUCUAUUAGCAACUGGUAAAAUUGACAAGGCCGCGAUCUACUCUAGAGCUGGUGACUCUUUGUGGGCAGCCUCCGGUGCGCUGUCUUUGCCACCGGCCGAAAUUGGAGAAAUCGCUCAAGGUUUUGAUAAUUCUGCCUAUUUGCAAAGCAAUGGUCUUCACAUUCAAGGUCAAAAGUUCAUGAUGAUUAGGGCAGACGCCAGAAGCAUUUACGGUAGACACGAUGCUGAAGGUGUUGUUUGUGUCAGAACCAAGCAGACUAUUUUAGUUGCUCACUACCCGGCAGGAGUACAAGCUGGUGAAGCGACCAAAAUCGUUGAGCAAUUAGCUGACUACUUGAUCAGUGUGCAGUACUGA